UUCUACGCAGUUGAGUUUCAUAUAUCGUCUAGAAGAUUCGUCGUUUACAUCUCGUCUCUCUUUUGUCCAAAAGUUCAUUUUUUUCACCCCCAAAGACUUGGAAGCACAAACCCGUAAACUGUCGAGUGUGUAUUGUAUCUAAAACGUUGACUUUGUCUUCCUUCUUGUAUUGCGUAUUUCCAUAACUGUUUAAACGAGAUUUGGUUAGGUAAUCUUUGUGUUUUUGAACCGACAACGUGGUGACGUCGUUCGUGUCGUGCUUCAAAACAAAACUGAUAUAAAACUGAAACCGAUCUCACGUAAUCAGUUUCCAUUGAACGCACGCUAGUCUCUCUCCUGCGUCCCUUUUCACAACCCACGCGCUCGAGUCGUCUUUUUGUUUUGUUGCCAUCAGGGAAAAGAAAAGCAAAAUGGAUCUUUAUUCAGAAGUAGCCGACGUACCAAUCGAUGAUGUCGAAGCAGCUGUCGAAAAGGUGGAAGAAGGGGACGGCACGCCUGCUGCAGGAUCAGCUUCGGCCGUUGAUGAACGAAUUACACGACGAGCUAAACGACCGUCAAAGUAUCUCGUCAAACAUCUCAGCAAGGAAGGAAGCAGCAGCCCAAAUGCUGGUCAAAACGGUGGAGCCGAAGGAACGUCACUUAUCGUCAACGGGAUUCGAACGGCUAAAAAUCUUCGACGACCCAGAAAUGGCUACGGACGAGGACUUCCCAAAAAAGGCGGAGCCGGAGGCAAGGGCGUUUGGGGUAAGCCAGGUAUCGAGCUGGAUGUUCCCGAAGUGAUGGAUGAAAAGGACCCCAAUUACGAUUCCGAUUCUUUGGACAAUGGCGACGUGACGAUCGAGACCAUCGUGCCUCAAUUAUCGCACGCCGAGAUUAACAAACACUUGGAGCCUAUCAUCCUGGAAUACUAUUCACAUGGCGACACGAAAGAGGUGGCGUUGGCUUUGGAAGACUACAAUUUCGGUGAAAAUCGCUACCUGAUUGCUGUGGUUGCCAUCGAGUUGGCGAUGGACCACAAGCCGUCCAAUCGUGAAAUGACAUCCGUCCUGCUCUCCGAUCUCUACCAGCAUUACUUGACCGAGCGGGAGAUGGAGAAAGCGCUGGAUCAAUUGCUGCGCAAUUUGCCCGAUCUCGUUCUAGACACUCCAGAUGCGCCCACUAUCCUGGGCAAUUACAUCGCCCGCUCCGUCGCCGACGACACGCUGGCUCCCCGUUUCCUGCAGAAUUAUCAAGGCAAAGUCGAAUGCGAUCUGGCCAAGCUUGCUCUGGCCAGAGCGGACGUUUUGCUUUCAAUGAAGCAUGGAAUGACUCGUUUGGACAAUGUUUGGGGUGUAGGUGGAGGCCUGCGCCCAGUGGCAUCAUUGGUCCGUUCCAUGGGACUCUUGUUGCAAGAGUAUUUAACAUCCGACGAUACACUGGAGGCGGCCCGAUGCCUCAAAGAAUUGGAAGUGCCCCAUUUCCAUCACGAACUCGUCUACGAAGCCGUCGUGCUUGCACUGGAGGCUGCCAACGAAGAAACGGAGAAUUCCAUGGUUAAACUGCUCAAAUCCUUUUACGACAGCACUAUCGUAACUCCGGAUCAGAUGAAAAAUGGAAUUUAUCGCGUCUUGGAUGAUCUGGACGACAUUUGCCUGGACGUCCCAAAUGCGGCAUUGUACCUGGAACGAUUGGGCGGUAAGUGUAAAACUGCCGGACUGAUUGACGAAGCCAUGUUGCAAAAGUGCAAUGCCGCUAGGGGACGCAAGCGUUUCGUCUCCGAAGGUGAUGGUGGCCGCUUCAAAGACUAAAAAUAUGCAAAUUAUCAAGUCUUUUUUUGUCGUGCGGUUCCACCAAAAAACCAAAUCCAGAAUGAAGAGAAAUAAGAGAAUGGGUCAAGUGUUGAGUGUUUUAAGAAGAUAUACAAUAACCGAAAUGAUUUGGUUACUACAUAAACCCACCACCACCUCCCUCUCACUCUUGUUACGACCCUCACCCUAAAAGACACCGUUCUCCAAAAUUUUUGUUUUUCCCUCUCAACUUUUCUGUUUGCGGGUGUCAAAUCCCGGCAAGAAAAGAAUUAAUGGAAUGUUUAUCUUUUUUUUUUAUUUACUCAAAGAUUACAUGUAAAGGUUUGGAAGUUAAAUAAACCAGAUGUUUUGAUCUUUCAAA